AUGGAGGACGCCUUUGCCGGGUCAUGCGUGCAAAGCCUCUUCGAGCCCAAGGCGGACCUCUCCCUCUGUGUGAACAAGUCGAUAAAGCUUUUCGUGAAGGAACUCCCCAUACCUCCGGCGGAUUCGGCAGACGGGACAGACAAGGAAGACAAGGGAGACGCGGAAAACUCAACUGACGCAAAGAACAAGCGAAGAGAAAGCCUGCUAAGCGAAAACCAUCUGAACGAAGACCUGCUGAGCGAAAAUCUGUCUCUUCUAAACGGGUACGCCUACUUCAACCAAAUAGGAAGUAACAUAAAUCUACUGCACACAGAACUGCAUGGAAUGAAGAGAGACUUCCUUUUUCAAAGCAAGCAAACAAAAAAAAAUAUAAAAAAACUCAAGGUGGUGCGGAAAGAAAAUAAAAUAUACCAGAGACUACUGCAAGAAACGAAAAACGAUCGAAGGAGGAAAGAGACUUAUGAACUGUUAUGUACAGAAAUUCAAAAAUUAGAAGACGUAAAUGACCUUACCAAAAAACAGGAGAUGGAGAAGAGAGACAUUCAGGGCUUGCAGCAGAAAAUGAAAGACAUUGAAAACACCAUUCGGAUGAAUGAUGAGAAUAUUAAACGAACCAUUCGACAGAUUAGCGACAUCGUCUCGACGAAUUUGCAGCCCUGA